CUCCGUGUCUGCCGCCGCUGGCUCCUUCCUGACCACAGCUCUACCCGCGGCUCCGGCAGGCAGCGCGGGGACAGAGCCAUCUUGGUGUGUGUGCGUGCGUGCCCGUGUGUGCUGGCUACUGACGCUGCGCAGCCCAGCUGCCGCUGCGUGGCGGCUGGCCCCUUCCCUGACCAGCCUGCGGGAGACUAAUGAAUCGUUCCUAGCCGGGCCGCACAGGGCCGGGCUCGCCUCGGCCUGGCCGCUGCCGGGUGCCGCCCCUGCCCGCCCCCGCCCCGUGUAAUCUGACACAGCGCUGCAGUCCUCUCUCGGCCUCCGCUCCUCCGCUCGGGCUGGGCCUGCGGGCCCUCGUCCCAGGACAAUGAACUGAAGAUGCUGCUGGCCGGAGAGAGCGCGGCCUGAGGCCCAGGUGCAGGCCUUCCUCGAGGCCUUCCUCCUGCAGCAUGACCAGGUAAAGACGGAGCAUGCCCAGCCCAGCCACAGGCUCACCGUGGUGAACGGACAGCUCGAUUUGGCGUGAAGCAGAAACACCAGCCCCACGCCAAGCUGGAGAACCUAGAACAGGUCCUGAAGCACAUGCGCGAGGCUGCGGAGCGGAGGCAGCAGCUGGAGUUGGAGCAUGAGCAGGCCCUGGCCAUCCUCAAUGCCAAGCAGCAGGAGAUCGAGCUACUGCAGAAGGCUCAGGCUGAAGCCAAGAAGGAGCACGAGGGGGCCGUGCAGCUGCUAGAGUGCAGGGUCCGAGAGCUGGAGGAGAAAUGCUGGGCGCAGAGUGAGCAGUUCCACCUGCUGUCGCGGGACCUGGAGAAGUCCCGGCAGCACGCCGGGAAGACUGACCUGCUGAGCGGCGGCGCGGCGGCCCCUGGCAAGGCCUUCCCGCCGUUCAUGAAUGGGCUCGCCACCUCCCUUGGCAAGGGUCACAAGGGAUCCGCUGGGCGUUACUCUGUGAUCAGUGACCACAUCCCACUCCCCGGGGACCAGCCAGAGCCCCUGUCUGCCGAGCCCGGCUUUCUGUCACGAUCCAGCAGCCCAAGAUGCAGAUUUGAGUCCGACAUGGACAAUGAACGGAACUCCAAUACCUCGAAGCAGAGAUACUCGGGGAAGGUCCACCUGUGUGUUGCCCGCUACAGUUACAACCCCUUCGAUGGGCCCAAUGAGAAUCCCGAAGCUGAGCUGCCUCUCACGGCCGGAAAAUACCUCUAUGUCUACGGGGACAUGGACGAGGACGGCUUCUAUGAAGGAGAGCUCCUGGACGGGCAGAGGGGCCUGGUGCCCUCCAACUUCGUGGACUUCGUCCAGGACAGCGAGUCGCGGUUGGCCGGCACCCUGGGCACCGAGCAGGACCAGAACCUCCUCAACCACUCGGGCGUGGGUGUGGGUUUGGGCCUGGAGGGCGAGAGCAUCCUGGACCUGCACUCCCCAACCCACGCGGACCCAGGCAUCACUGACAUUGGCAGGGGGCCGCUGGACACGAACAUCGACGACGUCGGAGGAGACAUCGUGCCUUACCCCAGGAGGCUCGCCCUGAUCAAACAGCUCGCCAAGAGCGUCAUCGUGGGCUGGGAGCCCCCGGCCCUGCCGCCUGGCUGGGGCACCGUGAGCGGCUACACUGUGCUGGUGGACACGGAGCCGCGCCUGAGCCUCCCGCUGGGCGCCAGGACCAAGGCCCUGGUGGAGAAGCUGGACACGGCCACCUGUACCUACCGCAUCUCCGUGCAGUGCGUCACCAGCCGGGGCAGCUCGGACGCGCUGCAGUGCACCCUGCUGGUGGGCAAGGACGUGGUGGUGGCCCCCUCACACCUGCGGGUGGACAGCAUCACGCAGAUCUCGGCGCAGCUGUCCUGGCUGCCCACCAACAGCAACUACAGCCACGUCAUCUUCCUCAAUGAGGAGGAGUUCGACGUGGUCAAGGCGGCGCGCUACACGUACCAGUUCCUCAACCUGAGGCCCAACAUGGCCUACAAGGUCCGGGUCCUGGCGCGGCCUCACCAGAUGCCCUGGCAGCUGCCCCUGGAGCAGCGGGAGAAGAAGGAGGCCUCGGUGGAGUUCUCCACGCUGCCCGCAGGCCCUCCAGCGCCCCCACAAGAUGUCACUCUCCAAGCUGGGGUCACAGCAGCCACUGUCCAGGUCUCCUGGAAGCCACCUGCACUGACCGCCACUGGGCUGUCCAAUGGAGCGCAUGUCACUGGCUACGGCGUGUACGCCAAGGGGCAGCGGGUGGCCGAGGUCAUCUUCCCCAUGGCAGACAGCACCGCGGUGGAGCUUGGGCGGCUGCGAGGUCUGGAGGCGAGGGCUGUGACCGUGCGGACCCUCUCUGCCCAGGGCGAGUCUGCCGACUCAGCCCCCACCCCGAUCCCCCCUGACCUCCUGGUGCCUCCAGCCCCCAUGCCCAGGGCAGCGCCUCCACCGAAGCCAUUAGCCAGCGUCCCUGAUACCAAAGAGGAGCACCCGGGUGUCCAUGCCAAGGUGGAGGCCUGGGAGCAGGGCCGGACACCGGGCUCUGCGCACGGGAACCUGCUGGAGCUGCCCGGCCUGCAGGGAGCUGGCCCCGGGCGGAGGUCACCCUCCCCGAGCCGCAUCCUCCCGCAGCCGCAGGGCGCCCCCGUGUCCACCUCCGUCGCCAAGGCCAUGGCCCGCGAGGCUGCACAGCGGGUGGCCGAGAGCAGCAGGCUAGAGAAAAGGAGCCUCUUCCUGGAGAGGAACAGUGUGGGGCUGUAUGCCAACUCGGAUGAGGAGGAUGGCUACGCCUCGCCUGAGCUCAAGCGGAGGGGCCCCUCGGUGGACGACUUCCUGAAGGGGUCCGAGCUGGGCAGGCAGCCCCACUGUUGCCAUGGGGAUGAGUACCACACAGAGAGCAGCCGGGGCUCGGACCUGUCCGACAUCCUGGAGGAGGACGAGGAGGAGCUGUACUCGGAGAUGCAGCUGGAGGACGGUGGCCGGCGGCGGCCCAGCAGCAGCUCCCACGGAGCCCUCAAGGAGUGCUAUAAGGCUAGAAGCCUGGAAGGUGCGUCCCUGGAGCAGGCCCAGCCCGCCCCGCCGCCCCGCCGCAGUAAGAGGCUUUUCAGUAUCCCCGAGGUAGCAGAGGAGGACGCAGACCCCUGCGAGCCGCUGCUGUGGCAGGGCCCGGGGGCAUCCAGAGCCAGGGCCCUGCUGGCCGCACAGCGCGGACCUGUCCCGCCCUGCUGGGGUCCCUCUGUGCCGCCUGGCUCCUGGCCCCCCACCAAGCACAGGGUGCCCCCAGGGGCCACCCAUGCGGACGACCUCCUCCCGGAAGACAGAAGCGGUGGGCUGGGGCGCUGGGUCGCACGGAGCCCGGACAGUGGCCUGGACUGCGGCAGCGAGGAGGAGGAGCUGCGGAGCGUCAGGAACACGGCGGCGGGGUGCAGCCCCAGCCCCGGCCCCUGUCCCUGCCGGAGCAGCCCUCGGCCCCUGCUGGCCCGGAGGCGGACCCUGACCCGGCAGAGCAGCAUCGAGGAGGACUUUGGGGAGCAGGUGGACCCCGCCGACGUCCUCGGGAGUGGUGCCACGCAAGCCAGCCCAGAGAGGUCCCCGCCCAGGAAGCCAGGCUGGGACGCGGCCACCGAGCACGACGGUUUUCGGGGUGUCUGGUGGAAAGGCGCGGCCGGGCCGGACAGUAGGGCGGCCGCCCAGCACGGGCCACCUGCUUCCCAGGCUGUGCACAGCCCCUGGAUCCUAGGCAGCCCUGCAUCGGCCGGACGGGCAGAGAGGGUGGAGCAGGGCGGCCGGAGGUUCCCCCUCGGAGGUGCCAGUCCCCAGAGGCCCCGGCUGGCCAUUGAUGACUACGCGGGGCGCGACCGCCUCUCCCCGGACUUCUAUGAGGAGUCGGAGACCGACCCGGGGCCCGACGAGCUGCCAGCCCGCAUCUUCGUGGCUCUCUUCGACUAUGACCCACUCACCAUGUCCCCCAACCCCGACGCUGUGGAGGAGGAGCUGCCCUUCAAAGAAGGCCAGAUCAUCAAGGUGUACGGAGACAAAGACCCCGACGGCUUCUACCGCGGGGAGACCUGCGCCCGGCUCGGCCUCAUUCCCUGCAACAUGGUCUCCGAGGUCCAGGCGGACGACGAGGAGGUGCGGGGCCAGCUGCUCCGCCAGGGCUUCCUGCCCCUCAGCACCCCGGUGGAGGAGAUAGAGAGGAGCAGGAGGAGCGGCAGGCCGCGUUCGGUGUCCACGCGGAGAGUGGUGGCCCUGUAUGACUAUGACCCGCGGGAAAGCUCGCCCAACGUGGAUGUGGAGGCUGAGCUUACGUUUUGCACGGGAGACAUUAUUACUGUUUUCGGUGACAUCGACGAAGAUGGAUUUUAUUACGGGGAGCUGAAUGGCCAGCGAGGCCUGGUGCCUUCCAACUUCCUGGAGGAAGUGCCUGACGACGUGGAGGUCCACCUCUCCGAGGCCCCGCCCCUCUGCUCUCGAGACACAGCCCUGCGUGCCAAGGCCAAAAGGGUAAGCAGCCCCCCCAGCCCAGCCUCGUGUCUGCUCAGGGUCUCCGCGGUGGCACGGGCACACCGGGGCCACAAGCACAGCCCCACGCGCUUUGUCCUCCUGGCUCACGCCCUCAGAGCCUGUCCUAGAUCUUUAGUCCCGGCACACACAGGGACUGCCCGACCCAGGCCCCCACACACACGACAGACGCACGCACACCUCAGGUGACGGAGAGAGCACCGGGCACGGCCCGCCCUCCGCAGGAGCCCAGGGCUCACACAGGUGCAGGGCCUCGCUCGCAUCUGCCUGUGACACGCACCCGUGUUGUCUCCUUGCUUCGCGCCAUCACUGCGGCCCGGCCUGUCAUGUUUUACGUAUGUGUUUUAUCUCCCCGUCACCUGCUUGGACUCAGAAGAAGAGCGUUCAUUUCACACCCUAAGCAGGCAUGUAGCCUUCACGUAAGUGAGCAGCGGAGACACCUAGAGAGAUACCGGCUUAAGCUACCUACACGGACCAGUGCGGUAGCCCUAGGGCUUCACUGUGGGCUUACAGAGAGCAAAGAAAUAUGUCUCAAAGCCUUGGAUCCAAAGUGCUAGGCUAUCACUUGGUCUCAGUUGUAAAGCAACUGAGUGUGGAGUGAAAUAUGCUCUUUACCAAUCCUCUCCUACGAUUGCCAUUCAGUAUUGGGAACAUAUUUCUUACCCAGCGAGCUGUCUGUUCACAGAGAGUGCUCCACUGUCUACUCUGAGUUAGAGCUGCAUAUUGCAUUGCUAGCCACUCCUGAGCAAAGCACAAGCUAACCAAUAUGUUUACUAGAGGAAGUUUUACCUUGAAACCAAACAGCCACCCUGUAAGACGAAGCCGAUGAGGGGUGCACAGUGGUGAUCUGGGUGGCCCGGAUGCCCAGUAACCAUACCUCUACCUUGGGAGAGAGCCUAGCUCCUCCGCCAAGCACAAGCGUGUGCACACGCAGACACGGCCGUGCGUGGGGUACCAAUGCAAUACUACGUCUCUGACACGUGCAGCUCCCGUGAUUGCACUAGGGAACCAAUGGUAUCUUCAGGUGUGCUUUGGGAUGCACUACUAGGUGUUUUCCAUUAGAACUAGACCUUGAUUCCAAGUCCAAGCAAGCUUAAGGCCCCAUGGCUCCUGUCUGGCUGCCGCAUAAUGAACACCCAGUCCCCAGGGGCUCUGCCGGGGAGGGACAGUGAGAGCCCAGGGAGUGGCGGCAAUGACCUUGGCACACACCCAGGGGGGCAUGUGCCCAGGAUCAGGGGACUCUGCCCCCGUAGUGCAGGGGGGCGGGGGUUAAACGCCUCAAGCACGGGGUAUGGAAAUGCACCCAGAGCUCUAUAAGGGACAAAGUCCUGCUCAAUUAUUUGCAAACAGCAAAAAUGUACAAUAAGGGCCUUUAAGCUUUCUUUGAUUGUAAUUAAGGUUCACUUUAGUUUUUUUUUUCUUUCAACCGGUGUGCCAUCGCCAAUGUUUCCAUAGUUUCUAACUAACCCCAGAGUGCACUCAACAGUAUCAGGAUUUUAUAUAACCAAAGUAGCUUUCAAACGCAUCCAAAUUCCCUUAAGAUGACUGAUGGGUCCGUGGCCAACCUGACUCUCAAUCUGAUUCCAACACCUGCCCGCUUCUAGUCCGAAUUUGCAGAGUAAAUUAUGACCUAGCUUUGUUUGCCAAAGCAAAGGCCACCCCUCUCCCAAGCCCCGGCCGCGGAGAGGCCGCUCUGGGAGAGGGGCGGCUGCCCGGGGGCACUCUGACACUUGAAAGAAGAAACGAACCACCCUUCCCUUCAUGUGGCGGGAGACGGGUGGUGUGGUGUGCCGAGCGGAUCGGUGUCGGCGCGCACGCACUCAAUAAACUGUCACAAUGUACCUACUAGGUUCCUCCUGAGGGUUCAGGGCCAGCAAGGAGAGCUCCAUCCCCCACAGUCCACCUCCAUUCGGGGUCACCUACGUCAUCCAUGGGUUCUGGUAGUCCUGGGAGAGGCAGGGAAAUGUCCUCGAAAAAGAAAAAGGGGCUGCUUUCCAAAGGCAAGAAGCUGCUGAAAAGGCUGGGUGCGGUGAAAUGACCGU